GUAUUGCCUAUGUGGUGUCAUGGGCCUGAUACUACAGGGCGUAUUUACCUUGCAGUCAAUACCGCACGUCUUUGACACAAUGACUUAACAUCACCAGGCUGCGUUGGUGCGUCUAUACAGUUUCCAAACCUGACAGCAAACAGUUAUCAACUAUAACAACGGGAAAAUAAGCGCUCGACCUGAAUAGGGAAGAACUAUUGCAAAACAGUAACACUCCGCCGCCGAGCAACGCAAGACCUGCACAUUGUGAAGUUUUAAGAACUGACGAUUAUCGAGGUAUAGAUCCAACCAACUACACUGACAUCCCCAGUUUUAGGAAAUAAUUUGAAGCAAAACACUUCUGAAACCAAGCCCAAGGCAGUUGCCAUGGGAACCACAAUGAGCUCGGUGGGCUUGGCCAAUAAGCCACCUGCGCUGCCACCAGUAAAACAAAACAACAAUACGAUAAUACCCACUGCACAAUCUCCUCCGGACUACAAGUUUGAACACUUCACCAAGCUCUGCCAGCAUUAUCAAGAACAGAAGAAAAUCUUACAGGUACAAGUUCGGACCGAAGUACAUAACUGGCAAAAGCUGGCAAAGAACGGUGAUGAAGGAACAGAAUGUCGUGAGAAGAUUCUGGGCUUACUGAGCAAGUUUCGAGAGGCACAGAGACAGCAAGACUUGUUAAUAGAGAAAGAGAAGCUGAGGCUUGACGCAUUCAGAAACUGUAUCAACGAGGACACGACAAACAGAAUAAAAAAAAGAUUAACUUUCUUCCAAAAACUGAACAAACAGCAUGAAGCGCUGUUAGAACACGUGCGGCAGGACAUUCAAGAUUGCAGAAUGAUUUGUAAGAAGUUUAACGAUUCAAGUGGAAAAUCGAAAGGAUUCGAGACUUGGAUAAAGUGUCCUGCGAGCCCAGCCUAUGACUACGGAAGCAUUGGAAGCUUAUGAGGAUACAAAGAAAAGUCAUAUUCCUCUUGACUUUGGAUUCUAGUGUAAGCUAGCUGGAAGAGUCGGGAUACAGGUCAUAGAGCGC